UUGCCAGAGGUUGUUCGCACUCGUCUUCGGGAGGAGUCUAGUCGCUACCACGGUUUCCUCCGUACUCUACGCACUGUCUUUCGUGAAGAGGGCUUUAUAGGACUCUAUCGCGGCCUCUCGGCUCACUACUUGCGACAGGUGCCAAAUCAUUGUAUCAUGAUCGGCACCUACGAGGGCGUCGUUUUCCUUCUACAGUCUUGGGGACUUACACGUCAGUAG